AUGGCGUUGCAUACGCCCAUGAGAAGGCGAUUAGAUCUCAGCCAGAAUGCUCGUAGCCCAAGCCGUUACGGUCAGAGCCGUGAUGCACGUCCUAAGCCAAAGGGACUUGCUACACCGGCUGCCACACCAGCAUUGACCCCCUCCUCCAGCAUCAGUGAUGAAGAUGCAUACAUGCCCACAACACCUGACUUCGCAGAGCGCCGAAGUCCUGUCACACCAACAAAGACAACACGUGUGCCACAUAGCAUACUCUCGCAGGACCAGAGCAAUGCCAGCCAUGUCAGGAUCGGAAUCAUCCCUCUCCAUGAGGACGGGAGGCAGUUCCACAAACAUCUCGUUGCCAACCCAUCCCUGAUUCGCGCUUCAGAACAGUCCGACCACGAAUUUCAUGGAGAUCAAGCACCUUAUCUGCUCGAAGACGACCCGUAUGAAUGUCUGCCGAUGCCUGGUGCGUGGCCAAUAUCGUAUACUACGCCAGACAUGCGGCAUUACAGCAAUGCCGGCAAUAGUCAAAACAGCACGACUGGCUUGCUCGGAGCGACUACGACUGCACAACCACUACCUCAACCCAGUGAACCACACAGAGCCACAUCAAAUGCCCCAAUGCACGUCUCCAGCCUUGGGAAGGUCAUCUCAAUCAAUGUACUCAGCUGGCUGGAAAAUCGUAGGACCUGCUCAAUGGCCGCCAAACGCAACCUGUGUGGCAGCCCAGUCCCCUGGACUAAGAUCUGUCUCGCCUCGUUAUUGGCUGCAUUGGAGGAACAAGAUGGCUCGAACGAGACGAAUGAGACACUACGGCAUAUCUCAGGCUCAUCGACGUUCAGUCAUGUACCCGUCACCAAUUACGACGACUUUCUCUACCCACGCCUCCGCUGCCGCGGCUCGUCCCGGAGCAUGUCACUCGGAUAUUUCUCUUGUGGCUCGCCAAGGUAG